GAGAUAUAAAACUAAAAACCCAAGCUGCAUUGCUUGGAGUGGAGAGAAGAGAUGGAUUCGUCGUCGCAGACUCAGAACACAUCGUUGCAGCGUCUUCAAAAUGUUGAAAAGACGAUUGUUAGGGUUUUGGAGGUGGCAGGGGGUGUGAUGGAUGAGCUAGCGGCUCCUACAGGUCCUCGUAAAGAAUCCAUCAACAACCACUGCCGGGAGUUCAUGCAAAUGAUCAAGGACAUUCAGUUCACUCUGCGAAACGAGAUAAAGAGUGCGUGCGAGUACCGGCCGUUCGAGAAGAGUGACUACACGAGUCGAAUUUGUAAUGAGAUGUGCUGUAAGAAGUUGGAGUAUGUGCUUUCCCAAUUGGACGCCAUCCAACUCACACUUGAUCAAUAUCACGACCUUUGAGGAUUCUAGCUUUUUCUCUGCUCUUUUUUCUUCUUUAUGUUUUCAAUUUUCCUGUAUAACAAACAAUUAUUUGUGAGUGGAAAUCAAUGGAUAUGUGCAUUUUAGCUUCA